CUAGAAACAGAAUGUCGACUCAGUCAGCGCGUUGUCGUCAGUGAGAGUGCACGCGACCUAAAAUGCCUGAAGUACACCAAGCAUUCGCGGAUGCCGGCAGGAAGCCGGGUCUCGAAAUAUGGAGGAUUGAGAACUUCGAACCGGUCGCCGUUCCGAAGACUCAGUUCGGUCUCUUCUACUCCGGGGACUCCUAUAUUGUACUGAACACCACAGGCGAUAAGGACCGUCUAACAUGGGACAUCCAUUUCUGGCUCGGCUCGAGGACCAGCCAGGACGAAGCCGGCGCGGCGGCCAUCCUCACGGUGAACUUGGACGACGAACAAUUCCAGGGAUCAGCGGUACAGCACCGAGAGGUCCAAUAUUACGAGUCCAAGGAGUUCCUGGAGUAUUUCUCGCCAGCCAUCCGCUAUUUAAAAGGCGGACAUGCCUCAGGCUUCAGCCACGUGACGAUCAAUGAGGGAACAGAGAAACGACUCUUCCAGAUCAAGGGUAAAAGAAACGUCCGCGUUAAGCAGGUAAAACCGACAUUUGAGUCCUUGAACAACGGGGACUGCUUCAUUUUGGACAUAGACCAUCAGAUCUUCGUCUUUGUGGGUGAGAAGGCGAAAGGAGUCGAGAGGAUGAAAGCCAUCACCGUAGCCAACCAGAUUAAAGACCAGGAUCACAAUGGAAGGGCCGAUAUCGAAGUGGUUGACUCCGAAGCGCACGAUGGAAUCUUCGACAGGUUCUUCGAUGCCCUCGGCUCCGGCAACAAGGAGGCCAUCGCUGAUGCCGAAGAAGGGGGCGACGAUCAAGAGUUCGAACGCGUCGUCACGAAGGAGGUGUCCCUGAGUGAGAUCUCCGAUAAGACUGGCAGCAUCAGGAUAACGAGACUCCCCGCGCCGCUUAAGAAGGAGCAACUGAACACCGAUGAAUGUUACGUGCUUGACACCGGAAGUUACAGCGGCAUCUACGUUUGGGUCGGGCGCGGCUCAAACCUGAAGGAGAAAGCCGAAGCGAUGAAUAGAGCUGAGCAAUACCUGAAAUACCACGAUUAUCCGGCUUGGGUCCACGUGUCGAAGGUUCCGGAAGGCGCUGAACCGAUACCCUUCAAGCAAUACUUCGAGGAUUGGAACUGAAAUGGCCCAGCACAAAGCGAAAUUAUAUCGAGGGGUGAUUUUUACAGGAGUUCUAUCUAAAUUAAAUUAUUAUUAUUAUAAUUAAUAAUCUAAAUUAAUCUAAAUAAAA